UCCCCUCCCUCCCCUGCCUUCCCCGCGAGCGGACGCGGCAGCGCCUCUGUCUCGCUUUUUCUUAUUUUCCCCCCUUUCCCCCUUUUUUUUUUCCUUUUUCCCCCUUCCCCCCCUUUCACCAUUUCCCCUUGGAGGCACUUCCCCCGGGCAGGGGCAGAGCCGGUCUCCCCCCCCGCCUCUCCCCGGCCCCCGCCGCCCUAUGGCGAGAGGGAGACCCCUCCUCACCCGGGCACUCGCGGCGGCGGCUGGAGGAGCGGGACCGGCGGUGGCGGCCUUAGGUCCGGGGGCGUCAUGGAACUAAUUCGCUGACCCGCCCAGCGGCCGCAGCCGUGCGUCCCACUCGAGCUCCAGCUCCCGCGCCCCCUGGCCCGGUUCCCCCUCUUCUCCCUCCUCAAUCGGCCCGGCCCUCGUCCCGCGCGCCCCGCCGCCGCGCGCUGAGGAAAAUGAAGUGGUAACGGGCCCCCCGGAUGACCCCGCGUCACCACUGUGAGGCCUACAGCUCUGCCGGGGAGGAGGAAGAGGAGGAGGAAGAGGAGGAGAAGGUUAGCUACAUCAAGCUGGGUGGCAGGCAGAUCCAAAGGAUAUCAUGAAGUUUCCAGGGCUUUUAGAAAAUCAGAGAUUGUCUUUUCUGUUGGAAAAGGCAAUCUCUAGGGAAGCCCAGAUGUGGAAGGUGAAUGUGCCGAAAACACCUACGAAUCAGACUGUUUCUCCAUCCCAGAGAGAUGAAGUGAUUCAGUGGCUGGCCAAACUCAAGUACCAAUUCAACCUUUACCCAGAAACAUUUGCUCUGGCCAGCAGUCUUUUGGACAGGUUUUUAGCAACUGUAAAGGCCCACCCAAAAUACUUGAGUUGUAUUGCAAUCAGCUGUUUUUUCUUAGCUGCCAAGACUGUUGAGGAGGAUGAGAGAAUUCCAGUACUGAAGGUGUUGGCAAGAGACAGUUUCUGUGGAUGUUCUUCAUCUGAAAUUCUGAGGAUGGAGAGAAUUAUCCUUGAUAAAUUGAAUUGGGAUCUUCAUACAGCCACACCAUUGGAUUUUCUUCACAUUUUCCAUGCCAUUGCAGUUUCAACUAGACCCCAGUUACUUUUCAGUUUGCCCAAAUUGAGCCCAUCUCAGCAUUUGGCAGUCCUUACCAAGCAACUUCUUCACUGUAUGGCCUGCAACCAACUUCUGCAGUUCAAAGGAUCCAUGCUUGCUCUGGCCAUGGUCAGUUUGGAAAUGGAGAAACUCAUUCCUGAUUGGCUUCCUCUGACGAUUGAAUUGCUUCAGAAAGCACAGAUGGAUAGCUCCCAGUUGAUCCACUGUCGGGAGCUUGUGGCACAUCAUCUUUCUACUCUGCAGUCUUCCCUGCCUCUAAAUUCCGUUUAUGUCUACCGUCCCCUCAAGCACACCCUGGUGACCUGUGACAGAGGAGUGUUCAGAUUACAUCACUCCUCUGUCCCAGGCCCAGACUUCUCCAAGGACAACAGCAAGCCAGAAAAGCCAGUCAGAGGUACAGCAGCCUUCUACCAUCAUUUCCCAGCUACCAGUGGAUAUAAACAUACCUCUGCUAAACGCAAAGUAGAGGAAAUGGAAGUGGAUGACUUCUAUGAUGGAAUCAAACGGCUCUAUAAUGAAGACAGUGCUUCAGAAAGUGUGGGUUCUGUGUGUGGCACUGAUAUAUCAAGGCAAGAGGGACAUGCUUCCCCUUGCCCACCUUUGCAGCCUGUUUCGGUCAUGUAGCUUUAAGUGUCACCCUCCAGUACAAAGGUAGACUACUCUGGAAAUGGGAAUGUGGAGGACCAGAAAAGGCUGUAAACUAGGUACAUAAACCCUAUCAGGUGAAUGUGAAGUGAGCCAGAAAAAAAAAAAACCAAUCCUUUACUUGUGUGGCUAAUUAUAAUUCAACAUUAUUUAAGCACUUAAAAGACCAAAAAAAGUGUAAAACUUAAAAGAUCUGAAAAUUGUUUAAAAUUUAUUUGUAGUAUUUGUCACUUCUACCCUUUUCGCUGCUAAAAUGUAAUGUAGAUUGCCCGUGUCAAAAAUUCAGUGUUUUAAAAAAAAAAAACUCCAAAGUUCAUAGCUAGCAAGACCCCGUUCCCCAGUGUCCCGACUUAAUUUUCCUCUUGCUUUUGCUUGCUUCAUUGAAAACUUAAUGAAUUUUAUGCAUGUUGAUCUAUAAUAUAUACAGUAGCCUGACUUCCACUGAUUAGGAAACUCUCAAAUUUUUUUUUAGCAAUUUAGUGAGCAAAUUACUUCAGUGUGACAACCAUGUUUAAACCAUGAUUCAAAUUACCUUAAAAGAAAAAGGUAUUUUGAAAUUGCCCCAUAGAAAUCAGAGGUGGUAAAUAGAAAAAUAACUCACAACCAUGUUGAUUUUUGUUUCAUUUGUUUCUAGAGUUUGGGAACAAAAUUGUAUUUUUGUUUAUCUUAAAGCUUAAAAGCGGCAUGUGAUUAAGACUCUUAGAUUUGUUGAAAACAUCUUUGACAUUUUUAUAAAAAAAUUUGUGAUAAAGUUAAUAUAUCCAGGUGCUCACCAAAGAAAUAUGUAACAACUAAAAUUAGUUUUUUGUUUUAUUUUUGGGGACUGGUCAGUUUUCACUCAUUCAUAAUCAAUAGGAGAAAACUGUCCAGAAAGUGGGGCAACUCCAUGAUUUGGGUCUAUAAUGUGUAAUAACUGAAUUCAGUACCCCAGUUUUAUGUUAAACUAUUAGAAUUUCCUUGGUAAAAAUUAUUUCUCCUGCUUUCCCAGCCUACCUAUAUUUCUUUUAAUAACUUCUGGACCCUGAGCUCCUUGUACAGUCUGAAGAAGGCACUGCAGUCAGAACCAUGUACUGAUGAUAAAAAAAAAAAAGCCUCUGGUAGCAAUAAAAAGUUGUCCUUGA